AUGUGGGCGGCCUAUGGUCCACACGGGGCCGCUUCCACGACGCUAUCAAAGCUCGGCAUCCUGUUGCAUUUCCUUGUUUUAAAUUACUACUCGCAAUAUUACGGCUUCUGUACUAUCGGGCAGGACUUUUUUGACGAUGUCCCGUUUGGUAGAAUUCUGUUGUCGGCCGAUGAUCGCCUGGAGGCACAAUUGCAUCGCGCUGUCUCCCUCGGAUGCCAAGCGUUUAUAGUGGACGAACCGGGCGUGGAAGCGUUUCUGGAUCUCUUCAUUCCAGUGCACGAUGAGGAACUUCAGCGAUCGUUGGAUAAAAGCGUCAUCUUGCUGGUAACGGAACGCAACCACGAGGAUCUCUUUGCUCGCCUUGUUUUACAUGACGUUUUUCGUGAACUACCAAGCGUACUUGUGAUUGUGUACGACGAUGCAACAGAAACAGCCGUAGGACUCUAUACUACCACAUUGACUUACACGGGAGUGCUCGAUCGAUCGUACAAUGUGACACUUGAACCAUUAUCAAUCGAUUGGGAGGAUUGGGAGAGUUACACUUUUUUCCCGGACAAAACAAGCGACCUCAAUGGAUAUGUCCUGCGUACAUCCGUGGUAAACUACAUGCCAUUUACGGGUUACGAGCGUGUGGUACGUAAAUUGGAUCCCGCAGUAGACGCUGGAAAUGCCUAUGAUGGGGAGACGGGUUCGAGAUCCAUCUGGUUGGACGGUACAGAGCUGCAAUUGCUCGUUUCCUUUUGCGAACGACGGAAUUGUAAUAUAUUAACCAUUCCAGAGGACAUAGACACGUGGGGUGACGUGUAUCCCAACGGAACCGGUAACGGCCUGAUGGGUAGCGUAGCCAUGCGGCACACGGAUAUUGCUUUUGGAGCAUUUUACCUCUGGCUUAAACCAUACAACUUUUCCACCUACACCGCAACCAUCAGCCGAUCCGGUGUGACCGUUCUGGUACCGAAACCGAAGAUGCUUCCCUUCUGGCGGACACCUUUUCUCUCGUUUUCUAUGCUGCUGUGGAUGGCCGUUAUAGUCACCUUCUUUGCCGGGAUCGCGGCGGCUUGGAUUGCCGGAAGAGUACGUUAUCAGUUGCUGUUCCAAAACGGCAACUUUGGUGGUGCUGAUCAUGUAGAUCUGACCGCAGAACAACUAACAUUGAGUGAUGCUGCCCUUAUGAUGGUCGGCUUUUUCGUGGCUCAAUCAUCACCUGUACGGAACGAUUUGUGGUCCUGUGUUUUCCUGUUCGCUUCAUUGCUUUUGGCUGGAUUUAUGGUGAGCAAUCUGUACAGUGGAGGGCUUGCUAGCGUGAUGACAAUUCCUCAGUUUGAAAAAUCAAUCGACAGUGUAGUCGAUUUUGCUGCUUCCGGUAUGAUGUGGUACGGACCGACACCGUACUGUUUGUCGGAGAUCUGGAACGCUACCGAGCCAUACUUACAACAGAUCCAAAAAACUUUCGUUGUUGCCCAGUCAGAAGAGACGAAGGAGUACACUCGUAGCGGUGUCAGCGGAUUUAUCAUCGAACAAGCACAACAUGGGAACUUUGCACCAAGCGAUUUUCUUGACCGGGAGUCUUCAACCAUGCUGCAGCCAUUAAAAGAUGAUGUCUAUUUUCAAAAUUGCGCUGCUCUCAUCACAAAAACUAACCCGCUUCGUGCGAAUCUGAACGAAUAUAUUCUGCGAAUGCAACAGGCUGGUAUCCUGUACCAUUUGGGUACUAUGGCUGCGAUCCGGUACUUGCCAACGGAUGUGCUACGGAACAUCGAAAAUGCCAGGCUUCAUCAGCAGCACGGAGACGGUGGUGCAGUAAAGCUCGAGAUAGGACACUUUUUGGGAGCAUUCCUUAUACUUGGGUAUGGGUUGUUGAUCGCUGCUCUUGUGUUUGUCGUAGAAAGAUGGGGCUUUACGAUCAGUCCCGCUUUCACGACGUUACCAAACCUCGGCAUCCUGUUGCGUUUCCUUGUUUUAAAGUACUACUCGCAAUAUUACGGCUUCUGUACUAUCGGGCAGGAUUUUCUCGACGACGUCCCGUUAGGUAGAAUUCUGUUGUCGGCCGAUGAUCGCCUGGAGGCACAAUUGCAUCGCGCUGUCUCCCUCGGAUGCCAAGCGUUUAUAGUGGACGAACCGGGUGUGGAAGCGUUUCUGGAUCUCUUCAUUCCAGUGCACGAUGAGGAACUUCAGCGAUCGUUGGAUAAAAGCGUCAUCUUGCUGGUAACGGAACGCAAUCACGAGGAUCUCUUUGCUCGCCUUGUUUUACAUGACGUUUUUCGUGAACUACCGAGCGUACUUGUGAUUGUGUACAACGAUGCAACAGAAACAGCCGUAGGUCUCUAUACCACCGCAUUGACUUACUCGGGAGUGCUCGAUCGAUCGUACAAUGUGACACUUGAACCAUUAUCAAUCGAUUGGGAGGAUUGGGAGAGUUACACCUUUUUCCCGGACAAAACAAGCGACCUCAAUGGAUACGUCCUGCGUACAUCCGUGGUAAACUACAUGCCAUUUACGGGUUACGAGCGUGUGGUACGUAAAUUGGAUCCCGCAGUAGACGCUGGAAAUGCCUAUGAUGGGGAGACGGGUUCGAGAUCCAUCUGGUUGGACGGUACAGAGCUGCAAUUGCUCGUUUCCUUUUGCGAACGACGGAAUUGUAAUAUAUUAACCAUUCCAGAGGACAUAGACACGUGGGGUGACGUGUAUCCCAACGGAACCGGUAACGGCCUGAUGGGUAGCGUAGCCAUGCGGCACACGGAUAUUGCUUUUGGAGCAUUUUACCUCUGGCUUAAACCAUACAACUUUUCCACCUACACUGCAACCAUCAGCCGAUCCGGUGUGACCGUUCUGGUACCGAAACCGAAGAUGCUUCCCUUCUGGCGGACACCUUUUCUCUCGUUUUCUAUGCUGCUGUGGAUGGCCGUUAUAGUCACCUUCUUUGCCGGGAUCGCGGCGGCUUGGAUUGCCGGAAGAGUACGUUAUCAGUUGCUGUUCCAAAACGGCAACUUUGGUGGUGCUGAUCAUGCAGAUCUGACCGCAGAACAACUAACAUUGAGUGAUGCAGCUUUAAUGAUGGUGGGCUUUUUCGUGGCUCAAUCAUCACCUGUACGGAACGAUUUGUGGUCCUGUGUUUUUCUGUUCGCUUCAUUGCUUUUGGCUGGAUUUAUGGUGAGCAAUCUGUACAGUGGAGGGCUUGCUAGCGUGAUGACCAUCCCGCAGUACGAAAAAUCCAUCGACACCGUAGUCGAUUUUGCCGCCACGGGGAUGACGUGGUACGGACCGACACCAUACUGUCUUUCGGAGAUUUUUGAUGCCACUGAGCCAUACUUGCAGAAAAUCAUUACGACGUAUAUUGCUGCCCCACCAGAAGAAGCAAGGCAACACAGUCAUACAGGAGACUGCGGAUUUAUCAUCGAACAAGCACAACAUGGGAACUUUGCACCGAGCGAUUUUCUUGACCGGGAGUCUUCAACUAUGCUGCAGCCGCUCAAAGAUGAUAUCUAUUUUCAAAAUUGCGCUGCUCUUAUCACAAAAACUAACCCGCUUCGUGCGAAUCUGAACGAAUAUAUUCUGCGUAUGCAACAGGCUGGUAUCCUGUACCAUUUGGGUACUAUGGCUGCGAUCCGGUACUUGCCAACGGAUGUGCUACGGAACAUCGAAAAUGCCAGGCUUCAUCAGCAGCACGGAGACGGUGGUGCAGUAAAGCUCGAGAUAGGACACUUUUUGGGUGCAUUCCUUAUACUUGGGUAUGGGUUGUUGAUCGCUGCUCUUGUGUUUGUCGUAGAAAGAUGGGGCUUUACGAUCAGUAGUAAAUGCAGGACAAUUUUUUACUCUUAA